AUGCAGCGAAGCUUUACCUUGGUCUUUGUCAGUUUUUGUGUUGGAUUUUGCUAUGGGUCAAGUUUCCCAAGUAAUAUCAAUAUAGGGGGAUUGUUCCCAAAGGGCUCCCAUGAAAAUGAGGUUUUUCAUUUUGCACUCUCCCAUCACCAGGAUAUCCCCAGACUGGUACCACAAGUGGACAUGGUCGACACCGCAAGUAGCUUUGCUAUGACAUAUGCAUUUUGUUCACAGUUUUCCAAAGGAGUCUACGCCAUCAUCGGACUGUAUGACAGGAAGACCAUGAACAUGCUCAUGUCAUUCUGUGGGGCUCUCCACGUCUGCUUUGUGACACCCAGUUUCCCCAUAGAAACCAACAACCAGUUUGUAAUCCAGCUGAGACCGGAACUCCAGGAGCCCCUCAUUGCCCUGAUCCAGCACUACAAAUGGACCAAGUUCGUUUACAUGUACAGCUCACAUUCAGGCCUGACAGUACUCCAGAAGAUUCUGGACACAGCAGCAGAGAAGGCAUGGCAGGUGACAUCAGUGAACCUGGACAGUGGUAUGGAUCAGACGGCCUUCUUGAAGGUGGUUCAGGACCUAGAGAAGAAGAAGGAGUACAACAUCAUCCUGGACUGUGAGCUGGAGAGACUCAACAUGAUCCUCAACCUGAUCGCUGCUCAGAAGAAAAACCUGAAAAAGUAUCACUACAUAUUGGCAAACCUGGGCUUUUUGGACAUGAACUUCACUGAGUUCCAGAAGAGUGGUGCCAAUAUCACCGGGUUCCAACUAAUGAACUACUCAGACGAAAAUGUCAGCAAGGCCAUAGAGGAGUGGGUGGACUUUGACAGCAAAGACCUCAAACUACCCAAGGGAAGACUGAAGUACACAGGAGCCCUCACAUACGACGGAGUGAGCGUCAUGGCAACUGCAUUUCAGAACCUUCGGAAGCAGCGUAUUGACAUUUCCCGGCGAGGUAAUGCUGGCGAGUGUCUGGCCAACCCACCAGCUCCCUGGGGCCAGGGUAUCGACAUCCAGAGAGCCCUACAGCAGGUUCGGAUUGAGGGAUUGACUGGACAUGUCCAGUUCAACGAGAAAGGCCAUCGGACCAACUUCACGGUCAGCAUAAUGGAGCUGAGCCCAAGUGGACCACUGAAGGUGGGCUACUGGAAUGAGAAUGAGAACUAUGUGAACACAGCGGUAUACACGCCGGUGGUUGAAGAAUUCUUCGGACUGCAAAACAGGACAUACGUUGUGACCACUAUCCUUGAAUCUCCAUACGUGAUGCUAAAGAAGAACCACGAGCAGCUGGUGGGGAACGAUAAGUAUGAGGGCUAUUGUGUGGAGCUGGCCGCCGAGAUCGCCAAGCAUGUGGGCUACACCUAUAAACUAGAGGUCGUAAGCGAUGGCAAGUACGGAGCCAGAGACGCUGAGUCCAAGAUGUGGAACGGGAUGGUGGGCGAGCUGGUUUAUGGGAAAGCGGAUGUGGCAGUAGCCCCGUUGACCAUCACCCUGGUAAGAGAGGAGGUGAUUGACUUUUCCAAGCCCUUCAUGUCCCUGGGCAUCUCCAUCAUGAUCAAGAAGCCUACCAAGUCCAAACCUGGAGUCUUUUCCUUCCUGGAUCCUCUGGCCUACGAGAUCUGGAUGUGCAUUGUGUUUGCUUACAUCGGCGUGAGCGUGGUUCUCUUCCUGGUCAGUCGCUUCAGCCCGUACGAGUGGCAGGGGGACGACUCUGAUGGGGAGGAGGGUCAAGCGCAGCAGCAGAGACAGCAGCACAACCAGCCGUCGUCCUCCAGUCCCAGGAGAGAGCCAGGUCAGUCCCAGUCCCAACAGGGCCAAAACCAGGGCCAAGGACAGGGACAAGGCCAGGGACAGAACGAGGGGCACACCAAUGAGUUUGGGAUAUUCAACAGCUUGUGGUUCUCUCUGGGCGCCUUCAUGCAGCAGGGCUGUGACAUCUCGCCACGGUCCCUCUCUGGUCGCAUCGUGGGGGGCGUGUGGUGGUUCUUCACCCUCAUCAUCAUCUCCUCCUACACGGCCAACCUGGCUGCUUUCCUCACAGUAGAGAGGAUGGUGUCACCCAUAGAGAGUGCUGAGGACCUGGCCAAGCAGACAGAGAUCGCCUAUGGUACCCUAGACGGAGGCUCCACCAAAGAGUUCUUUAGGAGAUCGAAGAUCGCCGUGUUUGAGAAGAUGUGGUCCUACAUGAAGUCUGCUGACCCGUCAGUGUUUGUGAAGACCACAGACGAGGGCGUGGUGCGGGUCAGGAAGUCCAAAGGGAGGUAUGCUUACCUGCUGGAGUCCACCAUGAACGAGUACAUCGAGCAGAGGAAACCAUGUGACACUAUGAAGGUGGGCGGGAACCUGGACUCUAAAGGAUACGGCAUUGCUACGCCCAAGGGAUCAGCACUAAGAAACCCAGUAAACUUGGCAGUGUUAAAACUGAACGAGCAGGGCCUGUUGGACAAAUUGAAAAACAAAUGGUGGUACGACAAGGGCGAAUGCGGCAGCGGGGGAGGUGAUUCCAAGGACAAGACCAGUGCUCUGAGCCUCAGCAAUGUGGCCGGGGUGUUCUACAUCUUGAUUGGUGGGCUGGGGCUGGCUAUGCUCGUGGCCUUGGUCGAGUUCUGUUACAAGUCCAGGAUUGAGUCCAGGAGGAUGAAGCAAAUCAUUGAUGCGGCCAUGCUGAGCUCCACCCUGAGCAGAAUGACCAGGACAGGGAGCGGGGGAGAGAACGGACGGCUGGUCGCCCAUGACUUCCCCAAAGCUGCACAGACUCUCCCCUGCAUGAGCCAGGCGGGCAUGGGCCUGAGCACCACGGGUAUGUAAUCGGGCAGCCUUUCCCCAAACCCCACAAAAAUGAGGAAAGGAAAAAGAGAAGGUGGGAAAGUGUUGCACUGCGGCAUUUCGCUCAACCGCCACUGAACUACUGCCAAAAGGAUUUACUGACUGCUCACGCUGGACUCCUGAAGAUAGAAAGAAUGAACAAAAUGACUUGUCUAAAGAGAUUUAUUCGGAUCUCUUCUGCUGCAAUAAAAAGGCUGUCUUGGACUUUGAUCGAGGGCAUAAUUUUGGUGUAUCUAAAAAGAGAAGCUCUUCCCCAACCCAAGAAUAGUGACACUUAUUGCACUAUGCCAUUUCAGUUUGUCCUGUUUACUUUGAUAUGUCAAUAACAGUCAUGAACAGCUAUGUCGUCUGCCUUAUACUGAACAGUGGUUUUGUUCCUUGAGACACAAAGAUCCAAGCAUUUCCAAUUCCAAACAUUUGACUCACAUCCACUUAGUACACUAUCUAUAGUUGCAUACAGUAUGCUGAAUAAAAGUAUUGUUGUAUGUUUGCACUGGAAGGACACAUCACAGGACUGGAUUUUUGUUGUUGUUGUCAUUCUGUUAAUGUCACUCCAUUGAAAUGGAAUGCCUACUUACAGAUGUCCUCUCUAAUUUGCUCAACACCUGACAUGGAGAAAAAUGUGACAU